AUGGCCAGAUUUUCCCUCCUCCUCACCGCCGCUGUGGCCGUCCUCUUUGCACCCUUCGUCGCCGCCGAGGGCGACGCGGUCGGCUGCCUGACCGUCACUGAAGACGUGCACUGCGGGCAGAACGACUGCCAGCUGGGCGAGCAUGUGAUCCGGUUCAAGGCGACGACCAUCUACGGCAACCCGCUGACCAACUGCGAGUGCCCCCAGCUGCUGGGCAUCUGCAGCGCCAUCAACCCAGAGUGGCACGGCAAGUGCACCUGCGACCAGGGCGACCGCAACAUUCACAUCCAGGGCUUCCCGAUCCGACUGUCUGACUCCAACCUGGACUGCUGGUCGUGCACCAACAUGUUUGACGACUCGGAGUGCGACGUGCACCUGAUCUGCCGCGGUGAUCCGGGCGUCACGAAGAGCAACGUCGGGUGUCCGUCGUAG